AUGACAACUAUAUCAUUCAAGUCUCCCAAAGGGCCAAGUGAUCGUGCCGACUCCCCACCAUUGAAUUAUGGUACCUUCAAAAAGUCUCUUGAACAUUUAAGUGGCUUUUUCUCUAGCCCUCUAGCCCAGGAUGCUAAAGGCUUUUUUGAUGAGCUGGAUAAGCUGAAGAAUCAGCUGAAAACAAUGCGGAAAACUUUGGACGAUCAAACCGAAGAGCACAUUAUCGCUGUUCGACAUGUAUCCUCUAAAUUGCAACAGGAAACAAAGAGGGCAAGUGACGCCGAGGAAAAGAUGAAGUCUACCCGUAAUACUCUGGAAGAUAAGAACAAAGUCAUCUCAGAGCAUGCGCAGAUUCGGAAGGACUUAGAGAGCCAAAUUCAAUGUCUGAAAUCUGCAAAGUCGCAAACCGAAGGCAAUAUGGCCCUGGCAAAUCAAGAGAUCAGUUCGCUUCAGGAGAAAUUGAAACAAAAGGAUUCUGUCAUUGGAAAAUGUAGAACCAUUGAGUCAGAUCUGAAUAGAGGUUUGUCAUUUGAGAAACAGAGAAACAAACAGUCCCAAGAGAUGCUGGUCGCCGAACAGGACAAAGUACGUGAUAUGCAAUGCAGAUUGGACAAGCUAGAAGGCUUUUGUGCUCGUCGCCAAGAGACGGAUGAGCAGACUAUGAUGGAUAACUUCGACCAUCUUUGGAAGUAUGCAGCGACUGAAAUGUCUACCAUCUUGAGCCACAAUCUCGAGCCCAAGACUCUGAAGGACUUGAAUCUGUGGAAGAAUUUGGGAGAAGAGUGCCGUCGACUUGCCCCCUACUUCCCUUUGCCUGUAUCGAACUCCAAUGCAGCUAAAGGGAUGCGACUAGCGGUUAUUCUAGCUAUCUUGUCAAGGGAGAUUGAUAAAUACAUUUUCCAGCCUGCAUACCUCAUGACAGACGAUUCAAACUUACGAAAAACGCUCAGUCAGCUUGCCGGGACAGAGCCUGAGAAAGAAGCAUUUUAUCGUUCCUUGACACUAUCUAUUGAUUCUAGGGCUCAGAAGGCUAUUCUUCGGACAAACGCCCAGACUGUGGUUCAGAGCCUUUCAAAUUGCGUAUUUGGAAUCUUCUCAGACUCUCGUCAUAGCGAAUUUCGAGAAAUUACCAAGAGAAUCGUCAGGAAAGCGGUAGAGGUUUGGGAGCCUAUACAGCAUGCUCAUCGGAAAUAUGAACCAGGGUUUGACCUGCAAGACGAACAUUGGCCGUUUAUAUUCCCUGGAGAAGAAAAUGGUAACGAUCCAAAGGAAAUCAUUUCUGAGCUCAAAAAGGAUGUGUUGAUGAUUUUUCCUGGAAUCUCUUCGGUUGAGCAUGGACUCCGACAGCAACAGAACCACGUGAUAAGCCUCUCAAAGCUACAUCCACUUUACGUCUUGGCCGACCGAGAAGCUUCUUCGGCGCCACCUAGCCCUGUCACUGAUCGUAUACCAUCGACUAAAUCCAGAAGACUAUCUAUUUCUUCCAACGUCCAACGUAUAAAUGGACGGUCUUUGUCAGACAAAAAGGCAAACGGGGCCCAUUAA